GCUAAGAAAUCCUCAAAGUCUACCUAUAAAUUCAAGAUUCAACUUUCAUUUCAUACAUCAAAAACUGAUCCGAUUUUGGGUUUCUGAAGAACAAAGAUUAAAGAUGAUUAGGGGGCGUAGUAUUGUGUGUAUAAUGAUGAUUGUGGUGGCAUUCUUGUUUCUGGGUUCUUCGGAUCUUGCUGCAGCUCAUAUGGGAGAGCAGGCUUUGUCCAAGAUAGCAAUCCACAGGGUCUCUCUUGCUCUCAGUGAUUCUUCCUCCAUUAAAGCUUCUCCUUUGGUGCUUGGUCUUAAGGGUGAAGAUACUGAAUGGGUUACUGUGAAUCUUGAACAUCCAAAGCCUUCUGAGGAUGAUUGGGUUGGAGUGUUUUCUCCUGCAAAAUUCAAUGGAUCAACGUGUCCGGGGGAUGGACCUAAACAGCAGUCUCCAACUAUUUGCACUUCCCCGAUAAAGUACAAUUACGCAAGCUUUGAUUCUGGUUAUAAAAAGACUGGCAAGGCUUCUUUGAAGUUUCAGUUGAUCAACCAGCGUGCAGAUUUCUCCUUUGCUUUAUUUACAGGGGGGUUGUCAAAUCCAAAAUUGGUAGCAAUCUCCAAUAGUAUAUCUUUUGUUAAUCCUAAAGCACCAGUGUAUCCACGGCUCGCUUUAGGGAAAUCAUGGAAUGAGAUGACAGUGACAUGGACUAGUGGAUAUAAUAUAAAUGAAGCUGUCCCCGUUGUUGAGUGGGGUUUGAAGGGUCAUCCUAGGAGAAAUUCACCAGCUGGAACAUUGACAUUCGACCAAAACAGCAUGUGUGGUUCACCUGCACGAACUGUUGGUUGGCGUGAUCCAGGUUUCAUACACACGAGUUUCUUGAAGGAUCUGUGGCCAAACAUGGUGUACACCUACAGGGUAGGUCACUACUUACAGAAUGGUUCAUACGUAUGGAGCAAACAAUAUUCAUUUAAAUCGUCCCCCUAUCAAGGACAAAAUUCUUUACAGCAGAUUAUAGUAUUUGGAGACAUGGGAAAGGGAGAGCGGGAUGGUUCGAAUGAGUACAGUAAUUACCAGCCAGGCUCGCUUAAUACGACUGAUAGACUCAUUGAGGACCUUAACAACAUUGACGUAGUGUUUCAUAUUGGCGAUACCACAUACGCGAACGGUUACAUAUCACAGUGGGACCAGUUCACCGCACAGGUUGAACCCAUUGCAUCGACAGUACCAUAUAUGACCGCAAGUGGCAACCACGAGCGUGACUGGCCCGGGUCAGGAUCGUUCUAUGACGGAAUGGAUUCUGGUGGGGAGUGCGGGGUGCUUGCUGAAACCAUGUUUUAUGUCCCUGCCGAGAAUAGGGCUAAGUUUUGGUAUGCUGCAGAUUAUGGUAUGUUCCGCUUUUGCAUAGCAGAUAGUGAGCACGACUGGCGCGAGGGGACCGAGCAGUACAAGUUCAUCGAACAAUGCUUUGCAUCGGUGGAUAGGAGAAAUCAGCCUUGGUUGAUUUUUGCUGCUCAUAGGGUCCUCGGUUAUUCUUCUGACAAAUAUUACGCCCUCGAAGGCUCAUUCGAUGAGCCCAUGGGAAGGGAAAGCUUGGAGAAGCUAUGGCAGAAGUACAAAGUAGAUAUUGGAUUUUACGGUCACGUGCACAACUAUGAAAGGACUUGCCCAAUUUACCAGAACCGGUGUGUGAAUUCAGAAAAAUCGCACUAUUCUGGCACUGUGAAUGGGACUAUCCACGUCGUUGCAGGCGGGGCAGGGGCACACCUUUCAGAAUUUACUACGGUUAACACGAGUUGGAGUCUUUUCAAGGAUUACGACUGGGGAUUCGUGAAACUCACGGCAUUCAAUCACUCGUCCCUCUUGUUCGAGUACAAGAAGAGCAAAGAUGGUAAAGUGUAUGAUUCAUUCACCAUUUCAAGGGACUAUAGAGAUGUGUUGGCCUGUGUACAUGAUGGCUGUGAGCCAACCACUGCAGCAUAAUAGGGGAUCCAAUGCUGAUAGAGUGAUAGAAGAAGAAGAUUUAUAAUUUUCUAAAUUUAUGCUAUUAGAACAUUCGAUAGAAUCGUGUAGAUUUCAUUUCAUGGAAAGUUAAUGUUAAAUUUUGGUGUGUUUUCUCAGUAAUUCUAGCAGAGGAAUCUGUUCACUUAAUCUCUUCUCUGGUAUGGCAUUAUAGGUCGUUUUAUCUGCUAA